UCAAGAUAUUCGAUUGCAUAAGCUGACGUGGCUAACACACCAUGGAUCUGAAGCUUCAUCAUGACUAAUAAAUAAACCUCAGCCCAUCUUCACGCCUUCAAGCUCUUCUCUCCGCUAGACUGAGAAAAUCAACGAGUUCUUUCUCCAGCGAUAUUUUUCCCAAUCGAUCAGAUGGCGAAGGAUCCAGUUCGCGUUCUCGUCACCGGAGCUGCAGGACAAAUCGGAUACGCUCUAGUCCCUAUGAUUGCGAGAGGAAUCAUGCUUGGUGCAGACCAGCCUGUGAUCCUCCACAUGCUUGAUAUCCCUCCCGCCGCUGAAGCUUUGAACGGUGUCAAAAUGGAGUUGAUCGACGCUGCUUUCCCUCUUCUCAAAGGUGUGGUGGCUACGACUGACGCCGUUGAAGGCUGUACUGGCGUCAACGUUGCAGUUAUGGUUGGUGGUUUCCCGAGGAAAGAAGGAAUGGAGAGGAAGGAUGUCAUGUCCAAGAACGUUUCCAUUUACAAGUCUCAAGCCGCUGCCUUGGAGAAGCACGCCGCACCAAACUGCAAGGUCUUGGUUGUUGCAAACCCUGCAAACACCAACGCGUUGAUCCUUAAGGAGUUUGCACCGUCCAUCCCUGAGAAGAACAUCACUUGCUUGACGAGGCUUGACCACAACAGGGCGUUGGGACAGGUCUCUGAAAGGCUAAGCGUGCCGGUGUCUGAUGUCAAGAACGUGAUUAUCUGGGGAAACCACUCGUCGAGCCAGUACCCAGAUGUCAACCACGCUAGCGUCAAGACUUCUUCUGGGGAGAAGCCAGUGCGUGAGCUUGUCAAGGACGACGAGUGGUUGAAUGGAGAGUUCAUCACUACCGUUCAACAACGUGGAGCUGCUAUUAUCAAGGCCAGGAAGCUGUCUAGUGCACUCUCUGCAGCUAGCUCAGCUUGUGACCAUAUCCGUGAUUGGGUCCUUGGAACCCCCGAGGGCACAUUUGUUUCAAUGGGAGUAUACUCAGACGGAUCAUACAACGUUCCAGCUGGACUUAUCUACUCUUUCCCCGUAACCUGCCGUAAUGGAGAGUGGUCUAUUGUCCAAGGUUUACCGAUCGAUGAAGCAUCGAGGAAGAAGAUGGAUUUGACAGCAGAGGAGUUGAAGGAAGAGAAGGACCUCGCUUACUCUUGCCUCUCUUAGACCGGCUUUUAUCUGUGAAAAGAUGAUAAAGGAGCUUUGUUUCGAAUAAGGAUGCUUGUUGUUAAACCUCAUGAGAUUAAGAGGGGUACUUGUUUUUCCAUUGUUGUGUUUCGCUGAUUUACUGACCUUAUAAACCAGCAAUUUGAAUCUUUGAUCUCUUUCA